UCACUGUCAAUUACAUGUUUGAAAAUGGCCGGCAUGUUUGAAUAGAUUUCUUUUAUUUCAUAGGGAAAACGUUUAGAUAAAACAAGAUGGUAAAAUUGACAGCUGAAUUAAUAGAACAGUCGGCCCAGUAUACAAACCCAGUUCGUGACAGGGAGCUGGAUUUAAGAGGUUACAAAAUUCCAGUGAUUGAGAAUAUGGGUGCAACUCUGGACCAGUUUGACACUAUUGAUCUAUCAGACAACGACAUAAGGAAAUUCGAUGGAUUCCCUAUUCUUCUCCGACUAAAAACUGUUUUACUCAAUAACAACAGAGUUGUAAGAAUUGGUGAGGACUUGCAUGAAUGUCUUCCCAACUUAGAAUCAUUGGUUCUUUCCAACAACAGCAUGACAGAGUUAGGGGACUUGGAUCCACUCUCCAAUUUGAAAUCAUUACAACACCUCAGUUUACUCCGAAAUCCUGUCCAGUCAAAGAAACAUUACAGAUUAUACAUUGUUCAUAAGAUUCCUCAACUGAGAGUGUUGGACUUUCAAAGAAUCAGGCAGAAGGAAAGAGAGGCAGCUGCUAAAAUGUUUAAAGGCAAAAAAGGACAAGCUCUUGCCUCAGAUAUUGGUAAACGCAGUAAAACAUUUGUACCUGGAGAGAAGAUUCCUGAGAAGAAAACCGGGCCAUCUAAGGAAGACAUAGAACUCAUCAAGAUGGCAAUUGCCAAAGCUAAAACUCUGAAUGAAGUGGAGAGAUUAAACCAAAUGCUUAAAACAGGAGUCAUCCCAGGCAAGGAGUUGAAAAAACUCAGGGGGGAGAGGGUAGAGGAAGAGGAGGAUGAGGAUAUGGAGGUGGUCAAUGGAACCUGAGAGAGGGGACACGGGCUGGUCUCAGCUACCCACACUUACCCACGUAUUUGUAAAUAGAGAAUAUCGCCAGGUCGACCCAUCACUUGAUCAUAAAUCAUCUUCUUGUGUAUAUAUCUAUGUCUCUUUGCCUUGGUUGGUCAGAUUAUGAACACUGAUAAGAACAGACUACUACUACUAUGUCAAUAGUCCAAUAAAGGCAGAGAGAAAGCAGU